AUGCGAGACAUAUUAUAUAUCAUUCUGUAUAAUAAUCGCUAUACAAAGUCAUAUUUAUCUCUUGUCAAACUCAUAUCUGAUGAUUAUCAUGUGGAAGAGGUCUGUAAUGUUGAACCUAUUUUAACCUUCCUGUUUUACAAAGAAUAUGGAAUUAAAUUAGACAAGUCUUCUAAUUUUGAAAAAAUUAAAUCAGAAAAUCUCGAUAUUCAUACAGAAAAUACAAUUUACAGAGCAAUUAUGUACAAUGCUCUUGAAAGAUUCAUCCAAUUCACUAAAAUCGAUGGAUUUGAUCAAGAUCAAAAACUUCAAAGCAGUUUUUAUCCAUAUUAUAAUGGAGGAUAUUCAUUACUUGAAUUAUGUUGUUACCACGGAGCAGCUGAUUGUUUCAAGUUAUUAAGAUCUAAAUUUCAGUCAGAAAUAACUCAAAAAUGUCUGAGAUUUUCAUUUUUAGGCGGAAAUCAAGAAAUCAUGAGUGAAUGUUUGAAAUAUCAAAUACCAGAUUAUUGGUGCAUGCAAUAUGCAAUUAUUUCACACAACAUUGAUUUUGUUACAUUCUUGAUGAAUGAGUAUAAUAUGGAGAUUGAUUUAUCAAGUUGUGCAACAUAUAAGAAUUUUGAAUCAUUUUUUGCUUAUUUUGAUCAAACUAAUGAUAUUAACAAUUGCUUAGUUUAUUCUCCAACGUUUAAUAGUCCAUCUAUUUGCGAAUAUUUCUUAUCACAUGGUGCGAAUAUCAAUGGAAAAAAUAAAUUUGGAGAAACCGCUCUUUUUACAGCAGCAUGUGAAAACAGUAAAGAAAUUGUCAAACUUCUUAUUUCACAUGGUGCGAAUAUCAAUGAAAAAGAUAAUAAUGGACAAACCGCUCUUCAUAUAGCAGCAGAAAAUAAUAAUAAAGAAGUGACCGAACUUCUUAUUUUACAUGGUGCAAAUAUCAAUGAAAAAAAUAAUAACGGAAAAACCACUCUUCACAUUGCAACACUCUGUAAUAGUAAAGAAACAGCCGAACUUCUUAUUUCACAUGGUAUAAAUAUCAAUGAAAAAAAUAAUAACGGAAAAACCACUCUUCACAUUGCAACACUCUGUAAUAGUAAAGAAACAGCCGAACUUCUUAUUUCACAUGGUGUAAAUAUCAAUGAAAAAGAUGAAAACGGAGAAACCGCUCUUCAUUAUGCAGAAUUGGAAAACAGUAAAGAAAUAGCCGAACUUCUUAUUUCACAUGGUGCAAAAACAUAA